AUGGCGGCCGCGGCCUCGGCCUCGCCGGGCUCCGGCUCGUCCACCCCCUCGGACUGGAUUGUACUCCGAGACGGUUGCCUGCGUUGCGACGAGGAGGGCCUGCGAAGCCUUUCCUACCACCCGGCCCUCAACGCUAUUCUAGCGGUCACCAGCAAAGGGGCUAUAAAAGUCAUAGACGGCACUUCUGGGGCAAUUCUCCAGGCCUCUGCGCAGCACGUUAAAGCCGGUGGCCGUGUCAGAUGUCAGUACUUUCCUACUGUGGAUAAGGUGCUUUUUGUUGACGACUAUGCAGUGGGAUGCAGGAAAGACCUAAAUGGCAUCCUCUUGCUGGACACAGCCCUCCAACCUCCAGUGACCAAACCUGAAGAUCUGGUUCAGAUGGAGCUUCCUGUCACUGAGGCCCAACAUCUGCUGUCAGCUUGUCAGGAAAAGAUCGAUAUUUCUAACACAAAGGGCUACGAGCUCUUUAUCGUACAGCUAAAAGAAGGCCUGAAGAAUACCUCACAUGAGACGGCAGCCAAUCACAAAGUAGCCAAGUGGGCGACAGUAAACUUCCAGCUUCCUCACCAUGUGCUGAAGCUGGUUGCCAGUGCCAUUGUUAGUGAGCUCAAGAAGAUCAACCAGAACAUAGCUGCCUUGUCUGUGGCCUCAUCCAUCAUGGACAGACUCUCCUACCUCUUGUCAAGUGCCCGACCCGAGCUAGGGGUGGGGCCUGGGCGCUCUGUAGAUAGAUCUUUAAUGUACAGUGAGGCCAACAGAAGGGAGACGUUUACAUCAUGGCCACAUGCUGGGUAUCGGUGGGCUCAGCCUGAUCCAAUGGCUCAGGCGGGCUUUUACCACCAGCCUGCUUCAUCAGGGGAUGACAGAGCUAUGUGCUUCACCUGCAGUGUAUGUCUGGUAUGUUGGGAACCAACGGACGAGCCGUGGUCUGAACAUGAGCGACACUCCCCCAAUUGCCCGUUUGUAAAGGGUGAGCACACACAAAAUGUUCCCUUGUCGGUCACCCUGGCGACCAGUCCUGCCCAGUUUCCCAACAGUCCUGACGGUUCAGACAAAAUUGCCUGCUACGGCUUUGGCAGCUGCCCACAGUUCCUGGCCGUGGCAACAAAGAGGGGCAAGAUCUGUAUUUGGGAUGUUUCCAAAAUGAUGAAGGUGCACUUGAAGUUUGACAUUAACCCAUAUGACCCGGCCAUUUUGAGGCAGCUGAUUAUGUGUGGCGGCGAACACGGCCAGCAAACACUGACAGAGUCUCGGAGACCCACUUUGGCCUGGCUUGAGGAGUCCUCCUCUUGCUCAGACCUGCCCAAACUGGAGGGCGAUAGCGAUGACCAGUUGGAGGAUUCAGACAGCGAUGAGCAUUCCCGGUCAGAGUCUGUAACAGGCCAUCCGUCCCAGUGGGAGAGCAUGGAUGUGAGCCUAGGAGUGACUGCACUCAGUGUGCUCCAGCAGCCAGAAAAACUCCAGUUGGAGGUGCUGGCCUGUGUGCUGGAGGACACGGUCAAAGAUCUGGAGGAACUGGGUGUGAAUCCCUCAUUGAAUCAAGCCAAGGCCAAAGCCAAGGAAAAGGUCCCCGAGCACCAUAACAUUCCUUUCCCCUGCUUGCUCGCCGGAGGUCUGCUUACGUACCGCGCGGCAGCUAGCAACUCCACAGCCAGAACCCAUCCUGCAACUCGCAGGGUGUCAGACAGUCCCUGUAGAACUCAGGGCCCUGAGCCCUUCCAAGCAGGGCCAAUCCAGGACCAAGGUCCCAUGGAAAUAGAAACGUGUAAUUCCCAGACUGCUGCCCAGGAACAUUGCUUCUCGAACUUGGUAGGUUGUCAGCCUCCGAGUCCCACUUCUGUGUCAUCUGUACACAGGACGAUACCUGUGCUGUUGCUAUACAGCAUUAGAGAGACAGAUGAGAAGACAUCAGGGCAGGUGUUUGCUCAGAUGAACAACAUCAUGAGCAAAGGUCUCCACGACGAGAGCUUCACUUUGCCACAAAUCAUCGAGAUGGAGUUCGACUCCCACGAGCAGCUGCUUCUUCAAGAUCCGCCCAUCACGUACAUUCAACAAUUUGCUGACUCUGCGCCUAAUUUGGCAGGCUUUGACGGUCAAACGGACAAAUGGAACACGUUAGCCGCCGCUACAUCGUCCUCCCCGCCUCGACCUGGAACGCUUGUACAAUGCUUGAGGUUGCCCAGACAGCUUGAAGAGGAAAAUCUUUGCGUGAGUUCAAUUACGCCUUGCUGGGACGGUGUGCACCUCCUAGUCGGGCUGCAGCCAUGCAACGCGGAAUCCAUGAGUGCGGCCAACCAAGUCGAAACCCUGAAUAAUCUCAAUCGCCUGCACUCCGCACUCUGCAGCCAGCAGAAAGGGGACACUCGACAUCCGGUCGCCAAUGGAGUGGAAGGCAACCACCAGGAGGACCCACCACCUCAGUCGACCUUCAUCCUUGCUUCAGGGGACCAAACGCAGAUUUGCCCGAGCGGCGGGGGCUAUCUUGCGCUCUAUAAGCUCAAUUACUCUACUCGUAUUGUAACCUUGGAUGACGAGCCUGUUAAGGUGCAGCAGAUAUGUCAGCCUUGCGAUGCGAUUACCUCCUUAAUACUGCUUCCUCCAGACGUGCUCGAUAGCCGGGAAGACGACAGCGAGGAGACUCCAGAGGAGGUGCCCUCUGGUUCCAAAAAUGGUACGGCACGUCAUAAAGAGACCAAGAAACAAGAGGUGGUAGGACUUGGCCACUUAGUGGUAACGACACAGGGUGGGAAUAUUAUGAUACUGGAUCUAUCAACGUUGGAAGUUCUAGCCAAGGUUGAACCCCCUAAGAAAGAAGGCGCAGUUGAAGAGAUAGACCCCUUUGUCUCUGUAACUUAUUGCUCUGGAACUGACCGCCUUUGUGCCUGCACGAAAGGUGGAGAGCUUCAUUUCCUUCAAAUUGGAGGUGUUUGUGAUGAUGUAGAUGAUGGAGAGAUGUUUAUUGAUGGCCCCAUUUCUAAGGGGGCUGAACUAUUGCUGGAGUGGGCCAGGCCUUCCUCCAACCCUUCUAGUCCUGGGAUCACAGGAGUUGAACUCCUGGUGGACCAACCGCUGUCUACAGAGAGCCUAAUGUCGUUGGUGGAGCUGACGCGCUUUGAAACGUUGACUCCCCGCUUCUCAGCCACCGUGCCUCCAUGCUGGGUGGAGGUACAGCAAGAGCAGCAGCAGCGACGCCAUCCGCAGCAUCUGCACCAACAGCACCACGGAGACGCGGCCCAGCACACUCGCACUUGGAAGCUUCAGAACGAUAGUUCCAGCUGGGAUGAGCAUGUCUUUGAGGUGGUGCUGCCUAAGGCCUGCAUGGUGGGCCAUGUUGACUUCAAGUUUGUCCUGAAUCCCAACAUUGUCAACAUUCCUCAGAUCCAGAUCACUCUAUUGAAGAAUAAAGCGCCCGGCCUGGGAAAAGUCAACGAAACCGCAGUCGAUAGACAAAUCACAUUCCCCCUCUCCAAUGCCAUCCAUGCCCAUGGGGAGAAGAAUGGUCAGCCUUCGAUGCAUGACUUCACAGAGGACAUCCAGCUUAUGGACAUAGAGGAUUCAUCAGGCUCCAUUUUGUGUCCUUUCUUAGAAGAGCACAAGGAGGACAUCUUAUGUGGACCAGUGUGGCUUGCCAGUGGACUGGAUCUCUCUGGCCAUGCUGGCAUGCUUAGCCUCACUAGUCCAAAGUUGGUAAAAGGCAUGGCUGGUGGAAAGUACCGCUCCUUCCUGGUGCAUAUCAAAGCAGCAGGGGAAAAAAACAUGGAGGAUAGCCCCCGACCUGUUGUCAGAAUGCCAAGUGCCAAACCUCAGUGUUCCAAAUCUCACUCAUUGUCCACUCUGCUGCAGAGGGCCCAGGCUUCAAAGGACAAGGUGUCUGGAGCUAAACCAGAUAGCCAAGCAUCUUCUAAAAAAGCAGAAAACAUGCGAGGCUGCGACUUGCUCCAAGAAGUGUCCGUUACAAUCAGAAGGUUCAAAAAGACGUCUAUACCCAAAGAAAGGGUGCAGCGUUGUGCAAUGCUGCAGUGUCCAGACUUCCAUGAAAAGCUGCUUGAUGCGCUUUGCCAGCGGACAGAGGGCCUUUCGACAGAACACGCUCAAGGCCUCAUCCUGGACAUCUUGUGCUGGCUGGCUGGUGUUUUUUCCAAUGGACCGUGCAGCUUACGAGAAGGAAAGGAGGCGUUGCUGUCCAAAACCAGAGUGAGGCUUAUGGAUAUUGUUGCAGUGUGUUUCUUCGAGGCCGGCCGAAGCAUCGCUCACAAGUGUGCACGCUUUCUUGCGCUUUGCAUCAGCAAUGGAAAAGGCGAUCCCAGUCAGCAAGGUUUUGUCACUACUCUUCUGAAGGCUCUGCUGGACAAUAUGCCGUACUUGCCUGCUGCUGCAACAGGCGGUUCCAUGUUCUGGUACUUUGUGUUGCUGAAUUAUGUAAAGGAAGAGGACCUGGCAGGUUGCAGCACCGCUUGCGCUUCCCUGCUCACCGCCAUCUCAAGACAGCUGCAAGACCGACUCACCCCAAUGGAGGCACUGCUGCAGACCAGGUAUGGACUAUACAGCUCCCCAUUUGAUCCCGUGCUCUUUGACCUGGAGGUCAGUGGGUCGUCUUGUAAAAAUGCCUUCAACAGCAACAUCGGGAUCCAGUCAGAUGAGAUUGAUCUCUCUGACAUUCUCUCAGGGAAUGGCAAAGUAACCAGCUGUGCAGCCGCGGAGGGAAGCUUCACAGCAUUAACGGGGCUCCUAGAGGUGGAGCCAUUGCACUUCUCUUGUAUCUCCACGAGUGACGGUACCCGAGUGGAACGUGAUGAUGCCAGCAUGUUCACUGUGAGUACAUUUGGUGUAACUCCGGCGGUCGGCGGCCUGUCAACAGGAACGGUUGGAGAGGCUUCUACGGCUCUUAGUUCUGCAGCACAAGUUGCCCUGCAAUCUCUGUCUCAUGCCAUGGUGUCGGCCGAACAACAGUUACAGGUCUUACAGGAGAAGCAACAGCAGCUGCUCAAACUGCAGCAACAGAAAGCCAAGCUUGAAGCUAAACUGCACCAGACCACAGCGGCCGCGGCCGCUUCCAGUGUGGGGCCCAUCCACAACUCAGUGCCUUCCAACUCGUCCUGCGCUCCGGGUUUCUUCAUUCAUCCCUCCGACGUCAUCCCCCCGACACCAAAAACUACACCCCUCUUCAUGACGCCUCCUCUCACGCCGCCCAACGAGGCGGUGUCCGCAGCCUUCAGCGCCGAGCUGGCUCACCUCUUCCCCGGCUCCAUGAUGGACCCCGGGCCGGUUAAUUUGGCGGCGCACAAGAACUCCCAGAAAGUCAAGCCGAACCCCAUGGGAAGUGGCUUGGCUAUAGCCAUUUCUCAGGCAUCACACUUUUUGCAGCCUCCUCCACACCAGUCUAUCAUCAUAGAGCGGAUGCAUUCUGGAGCUCGUCGAUUUGUGACGCUGGACUUCGGCCGACCCGUUCUGCUGACAGAUGCGCUCAUCCCAACCUGUAGCGACCUGGCCUCUCUGUCCAUAGACAUUUGGACACUAGGCGAGGAGGUUGAUGGCCGCAGGCUAGUGGUGGCCACGGACAUCAGUACCCACUCCCUCAUUCUACAUGACUUGCUGCCUCCACCCGUCUGCAGGUUUAUGAAGAUUACUGUGAUUGGCCGCUAUGGCAGUACUAACGCUCGGGCAAAGAUUCCACUGGGCUUUUACUAUGGUCAUACUUAUAUUUUACCUUGGGAGAGCGAACUUAAGCUGAUGCAUGAUCCUCUGCGGGGAGAAAGUGAACCUGCCAGUCAACCUGACGUGGAGCAACACUUGACCAUGAUGAUGGCAUUACAGGAAGAUAUCCAGUGCAGGUACAAUCUAGCUUGUCACAGGCUGGAGACCCUCCUUCAGAAUAUCGACCUACCGCCCCUAAACAGCGCCAACAAUGCCCAGUACUUCUUACGCAAACCAGACAAGGUCGUAGAGGAGGACCAACGUGUUUUUUCAGCCUACCAAGAUUGCAUCCAGCUUCAGUUGCAGCUUAACUUGGCUCACCACGCUGUCCAGAGAUUGCGCGUGUCACUCGGUGCCAGUCGAAAGUCGCUCCCCAAAGCUUGCUCUCAAGAGGCUAAAGACUUGGUCCACAACUCCUCCACAGAACAACUGAGAACGAUCAUACGAUACCUACUGGACACAUUGCUUAGCCUGCUGCACUCAAACAAUGGCCACUCGGUGCCAUCGGUGCUCCAGACUACCUUCCACGCAAAAGCUUGUGAGGAACUCUUCAAACACCUUUGCCUGAGCGGGACGCCGAAAAUCCGGCUUCAUGCCGGCCUGCUUUUAGUCCAGUUGUGUGGAGGAGAACGAUGGUGGGGGCAAUUCCUAUCUAACGUAUUACAGGAGCUCUACAACUCUGAACAGUUGCUCAUUUUCCCUCAGGACAGAGUUUUUAUGCUCCUGUCCUGCCUUGGCCAAAGAUCACUGAGCAACAGUGGUGUAUUGGAGGGUCUACUAAACCUCUUGGACAGCUUGCUGUCUCCUCUGCAGCAACCACAAGCUGCAACACCACACAGGACUGAAGGUGUCUUAGAUAUCCCGAUGAUUAGCUGGGUGGUGAUGCUCGUUUCCAGACUCCUGGACUAUGUCACUAGUAUAGAAGAUGAAGCUUCAGGUGGGAAGAAGCACCUCGGGGGGAAAGAGAGGGAGAGAACGUUUACAGGUAUUCAAUGGAGCUUCAUCAAUAACAGCCUUCAGUCUCAGAACACUAAUAGAUCAGCAAAAGGCAGCAGCAGCCUUGACAGACUUUAUUCCCGCAAGAUUCGCAAGCAGCUCGUCCACCACAAGCAGCAGUUAAAUCUACUGAAAGCAAAACAAAAGGCUUUAGUCGAGCAGAUUGAGAAGGAGAAAAUCCAAAGCAACAAGGGUUCCUCCUACAAACUCCUGGUGGAACAGGCCAAGCUCAAGCAAGCCACAUCCAAGCACUUUAAAGACUUAAUCCGUCUUCGGCGAACGGCUGAGUGGCCGCGCUCCACGUUAGACACGGAGUCUGCAACAGCCAAAGAAGCGCCAGAAGUUGAACCCCUGCCCUUUACUUUGUCCCACGAGCGUUGCAUCUCCGUGGCGCAAAAGUUGGCUCUCUUUCUCCUCUCAAUGGACUUCACGUGUCAUGCUGACCUGCUACUGUUUGUCUGCAAGGUUCUUGCUAGGAUAGCUAACGCCACCAGACCGACAAUCCACCUCUCUGAAGUGUUGUCCGAACACCAGUUGGAGCGUUUACUCCUUCUACUAGUUGGGACGGACUUCAAUCGAGGGGAUAUCUCCUGGGGUGGUGCUUGGGCUCAGUAUUCCCUCACCUGUAUGUUACAAGACAUCCUGGCAGGGGAACUACUGUCUCCGGGUUCAAUAGAUGUAAUGGAUGAAGUGGCUGUUGCCGAGGAGGCCGGGGCUUCAUCCUCUUCAGUCGGGGUCGACGCAGAUGAACCCUUGCCUCAGCAGACGCCGAUCCCUUUGGUGGAGAGCAUUGAUGAGACCCUCGUGCCUGAUAUCAUUGCAGGUGCUCCACCUCUGGUGUCUUUGGAAAAGGAUAAAGACAUGGACUUUGAUUUGCUACAAGACCUAAUGGAUGUUGAUAUUGAUCCUUUAGAUAUUGAUUUGGAAAAGGAUCCGCUUGCUGCCAAAGUGUUUAAGCCAAUAAGCAGCACUUGGUAUGACUACUGGGGUUCCGAUUACGGAACGUACGGUUACACUCCAUAUAUUGGAGGGGUUGGUAUCCCAGUAUCCAAACCCCCAGUUGCUGUUGAGAAGCCUGGCUCACAAGGGCUUUCUGUUUCAGUUUCACAAGCACUGGAUGCUCGAUUAGAGGUCGGCUUGGAGCAGCAGGCUGAAUUGAUGCUAAAAAUGAUGGCAACUUUACAAGCUGACUCUAUUCUACAGGCUCUCACGUCAAACUCCUCCACAGUUUGCCAGACCACCAAUGGCACAGAUGACUCUCUGUUGAGGGCACUACAUGGUGGAGGAUCUCCUCCCGGCAGCACCCUUAUUGUCCAACCUUCUUCCAUUCCCAUGCUUAGUGCUUGCUUCAACAAGCUCUUUUCCAUGCUGCAAGUCCACCAUGUGCAGUUGGAGUCCUUACUGCAGUUGUGGAUUACACUUAGUCUCAACACCAGCUCGAAUGGCAGCGAAGAUAACGGAUCAGACAUCUUCUUGUUUAACUCCAGUCGAGUACCCACCAUUCCACUCAACCAAGCUUCCAUUAACAGUUUUCUCACUGUGCUGGCGUGGUACCCCAACGCUUCCCUGAGAACUUGGUGUCUGGUGCUGCAUUCACUGACCCUGAUGACUAACAUGCCUUACCACACUUCCAGUAUUGGGAUGAGCGCUCAAGAAAGCACAGCACAUCAGAUGGUUUCCGAUCCCACGAUGGUUCACGUCCUGGUACGUUUCCUGUCUGGCAGCAAUACCAAUGGAACCAAUCAGCAUAGCUCUCAAGUCGGACCUACCGCCACUCAAGCAAUGCACGAGUUUUUGAGUCGCUUGCAGGUGCAUCUUUCCUCCACCUGUCCACAAAUGUUUAGCGAGUUCCUACUGAAACUCCUUCACAUUCUGUCCACUGAAAGGGGGCCGUUCCAGUCAGGUCAAGGACCACUUGAUGCUCAGGUGAAGCUGUUGGAGUUAACUUUACAGCAAAACUUUGAAGUGGUUUCUGUGGUCACCAUCUCCUCUGUCAUCGAGUCUAUAACCUUCCUGGUCCACCACUACAUCACCUGCUCUGACAAAGUGGUUUCACGCAGUGGUUCUGAUAGCUCUGUUGGUGCUCGCGCUUGUUUCGGCGGGCUUUUUGCUAACAUCAUUCGACCAGGAGAUGCAAAGGCCGUCUGUGGGGAAACUACCCGCGACCAGCUAAUGUUUGACCUCCUUAAGCUGGUCAACGUGCUAGUGCAGCUACCUCUGUCAGGGGACAGAGAGUUUAGCGGUCGACUGCCGACUGCCGGUGGCGGGGCGGCUGAUAGCAGCGUGUCUGAUGAAGAAAAGGUUUGCGGAAGCAAAGAGAGCGUGCCCGGAGGAUCAACGGCCAGUCAGGGUCCGUCUGCUGGUGUGGCUGAUCUAGUACUGGCCAAUCAGCAGAUAAUGAGUCAGAUCUUGUCUGCACUGGGCCAGUGCAACAGCAGUGCCAUGGCCAUGAUCAUCGGAGCUAGUGGUCUCCAUCUAACCAAACAUGAGAACUUUCACGGGGGUCUAGAUGCCAUUUCAGUCGGUGACGGUCUCUUCACAAUCCUCACCACCCUCAGCAAGAGAGCUACCUCUGUUCAGGUCAUGCUGCAACCCAUCCUCACAUACAUGGCCUGUGGAUACAUGGGUCGACAGGGCUCUCUCUCCACUUGUCAGCUUUCUGAGCCCCUUUUAUGGUUUAUUCUGCGAGUUUUGGAUACAAGCGAGGCUCUCAAAGCCUUUCAUGACAUGGGUGGCGUACAGUUAAUCUGUAACAAUAUGGUGACCAGCACCAGGGCUAUUGUGAACACGGCACGUAGCAUGGUGUCGACCAUUAUGAAGUUUCUAGAUUCAGGUCCUGGAAAGCCAUCGGAUGGCAGCCUGAAAUCCAGAGUGAUGACAUCAGAGCCAGAUAACGCAGAGGGACUUCACAACUUUGCUCCAUUAGGUACAAUUACAUCUAGUAGCCCAACAGCACAGCCAGCAGAAGUCCUACUACAAGCGACGCCACCUCACCGUCGGGCUCGAUCUGCGGCGUGGUCGUACAUCUUCCUUCCAGAAGAGGCUUGGUGUGACCUCACUAUUCAUCUCCCGGCUGCUGUGCUGCUAAAGGAGCUCCACAUUCAGCCACAUCUUGCUUCUUUAGCUACCUGCCCAUCAUCUGUCUCGGUGGAGAUCAGUGCCGAUGGAGUGAACAUGCUGCCGCUCUCCACGCCAGUUAUCACUAGUGGUCUCACCUACAUCAAGAUCCAGCUGGUGAAGGCCGAGGUCGCGUCAGCUGUAUGUCUAAGGUUGCACCGGCCUCGUGAUGCCAGCACCCUGGGUCUGUCUCAGAUCAAACUCUUGGGUCUGACUGCAUUUGGUAACACCUCCUCUGCAACGGUCAACAACCCAUUCUUGCCCUCUGAGGACCAGGUCUCUAAAACCAGUAUUGGUUGGCUACGCCUUCUUCACCAUUGCCUGACCCAUGUCAGUGACCUGGAGGCCAUGAUGGCCAGUGCAGCUGCACCUACAGCUAACCUUCUGCAGACCUGUGCUGCAUUGCUCAUGUCACCUUACUGUGGGAUGCACUCACCUAACAUUGAAGCAGUUUUGGUCAAGAUUGGCCUGCAGUCCACGCGCAUUGGUCUUAAACUCAUCGACAUACUGUUGCGAAACUGUGCCGCCUCUGGUACAGACCCGACCAAUUUGAAUAGUCCUCUGUUGUUUGGUCGGCUAAAUGGCCUCUCCUCCGAUUCAACUAUUGACAUUCUAUACCAGUUGGGUACCACACAGGACUCGGGAACCAAGGAAAGAAUACAGGCGCUCCUCCAAUGGGUACAUGACUCCUCAAGGGUUGCAGCUCUAAAAAUUCCCAUGGGCUACUCGAGCAGCAGUAGCGGCUCCUCUUCGUUGAGGGAGUACGGGCUCCUCAUGCCCUCGCCAUCCCACCUCCACUGUGUGGCAGCCAUCUUGUGGCACAGCUAUGAGCUGCCUGUUGAUUACGACCUCCCAGUACUCCUCGACCAAAAGCUUUUUGAACUCCUCUACAAUUGGUCCAUGUCUUUGCCAUGUGACAUCGUGCUAAAGAAAGCUGUCGACAGCCUCCUGUGCUCCAUGUGUCACAUCCAUCCAAGUUACUUCUCAUUGCUAAUGUCCUGGAUGGGUAUUAUAUCCAAGCCCAGCACCAGUCAUUCGCAAGCUCAGCAGCGUCGACUGGCCAUGACAGAUGAUGGCAAGAAGCAGCACAACGCUAACACCACCAAUGCGGGACUCACAGAUGACUCAAAGAAUGCAAGAGCUCCAGUUACUUUAUCAGAGUCGCAGCUAACCACUCUGGCCGCUGCCUCGCAGUCUCUAGGGGCAAUAGAGCAGCUGCUCGACUCGGGAUUGCCUUCGUUGCUCGUUCGCAGCCUCGCGCAGUUCUGCAUUGGUCUACUCGCGAGCGCCGACCUCCCCCUGCCCGCCGCUUUGGCUGACAGGCGACAUCACCAAUACCAGCCGUGCUCUACGUCGAUGCACGCUCGGCCGCCGCUUGCCGCGGAGCUAGCUGCUCCGGUGCUGCGCUUCCUCACAGAAGUUGGCAACAGCCACGCCAUGAAAGACUGGUUAGGUGGACCAGAGGUCAACCCUCUGUGGACCGCGCUGCUCUUUGUGCUCUGCCACUCCAGUGCAAGUGCCACUACGGGUUGUCAGGCUUCAUCAGGAGCUUCGUCUCCUUCCCAGCCACUCCCCUCGGGCUCACGGUUUUCCCUGGUAUCUUCGGGCCAACCGGGAGGUCUCACCACCCAGCAGAGAACAGCAGUGGAGAAUGCCACGGUGGCUUUCUUUCUGCAGUGCAUCUCCUGUCACCCGAACAACCAGCGGCUCAUGGCGCAGGUUCUUUGUGAGCUUUUCCAAUCGGCUCCCCAGCGUGGCAAUGUGCCCAUCUCUGGAAACAUCUCUGGCUUCAUACGAAGACUGUUCCUGCAACUCAUGUUGGAGGAUGAGAAAGUCACAGUCUUCCUAGAGUCUCCCUGUCCGUUAUACAAAGGACGCAUCAAUGCCACCAGUCACAUGAUCCAACAUCCCAUGUACGGAGCAGGCCACAAGUAUCGCACCCUCCACUUACCAAUCUCUACCACUCUGGCUGAAGUCCUGGACCGGGUGUCUGAUACACCCAGUAUUACAGCCAAGCUGAUCAGUGAGCAAAAGGAGGACAAAGAGAAGAAGAAUCACGAGGAGAAGGAAAAGAUGAAAUCUGAUGGCAGCUUCCAGGACAACUACAGUGUGGUUGUGGCCUCAGGUUUGAAGUCCCAGUCCAAGCGAGCCCUCUCAACUCCUCCCAGACCUCCAUCAAGACGAGGUCGAGUUAUGAGCGACAAGUUGACGACUUCGUCGGGUGUUGACUCCUCUGCCAAAACCAUCAGUGUGCCAGUCUUCCACCUUUACCACAAGUUGCUUCCAGGUCAACCCUUACCACCUGAGAUGACUCUUGCCCAGCUACUAACGCUACUGUAUGACCGCAAGAUGCCUCAGGGCUACCAGUCCAUCAACCUAACGGUUAGACUGGGCUCCAAGAUCAUUUCUGACCCUUGUCUAUCUAAGACGGACUCCUUCAAACGGUUGCGCACCGAGAAAGUGGAUCACCCCGAUAUGAUGAACAGCUGCUCCGAAGAUGAACCCAUGACACCCGGCGAUGAAUGUCUUGACGCCACAACUGAUGAGUCCUUACUGGAAACGCACCCCAUUCAGUCACCUUUGCAGGUCUUUGCUGGAAUGGGAGGCCUGGCGCUCAUUGCCGAGAGGCUACCUAUGCUCUAUCCAGAUGUCAUUCAACAGGUGAGUGCCCCAGUUGUGCCCUCCGCAACACAGGAGAAACCAAAAGACGCUGAUCAGUUUGAGUGGGUCACCAUUGAGCAGUCGGGAGAGCUGGUGUACGAGGCGCCCGAGUCCAUCGCUACCGAGCCGCCGCCCAUCAAUAAGCAGCAGUCCCAGUCGGCGUCUUCGUCUUCAUCCCCUGUGCAAACGUUGUCACCCAUCCCUGCACACUCUUUGGCAGCAUUUGGCCUGUUUUUACGCCUGCCGGGUUAUGCAGAAGUCUUGCUCAAGGAGAGAAAACACGCCCAAUGUCUGUUGCGCCUUGUGCUGGGCGUCACUGACGAUGGAGAAGGAAGUCAUAUCCUGCAAUCUCCAUCAGCAAAUGUCUUACCCACGUUGCCGUUUCAUGUCCUUCGAGCAUUGUUCAGAAGCACUCCUCUUACUACUGACGACGGUCUGCUGCUCCGUCGCAUGGCUCUGGAAAUCGGUGCCAUCCAUCUCAUCUUGGCCUGCUUAUCGGCGCUUAGCCACCAUGCCCCCCGAAAUCCCAACGCAAACAGCAAUGUCUCAGAGCCACAGAUGUCAAAUUGUCACGGUGGAGCGACCAGUGAGGAGCAGCAGCUGUACUGGGCCAAAGGAACUGGUUUUGGGACUGGAUCCACAGCGUCAGGGUGGGAUGUUGAGCAGGCUCUCACAAAGCAACGUCUUGAAGAAGAACAUGUUACCUGCCUUCUGCAAGUCUUGGCAAGCUACAUUAACGCAGCAGGAUCCAGCACCUUGAACACUUCUGAUAGAGCUUCAGCAGAGAGCAGAACCCAGAAUAGCUCUGCACUUCCAGUAGUGCUGCAGGAGCUGCUCAGUCAGUCCUGUCUCAUCCCUGCUAUGUCCUCCUACCUGCGUAACGAUUCUGUCCUGGAUAUGGCACGCCACGUACCCCUGUAUCGGGCGUUACUGGAGCUGCUCAGGGCCAUCUCAACCUGCACAUCUCUCGUACCCCUGCUGCUGCCUCUGUCUGGUGACCGAGGUCAGGAUGAAGAGGAGGAUGAAGAACACUCGGAGGGACAGACGUCUGUUGGGAUGCUGCUAGCUAAGAUGAAGACAUGCGUGGACACGUACACAAAUCGACUCAGGUCAAAAAAAGAUAAGAGCAAAGGUGUUGUGAAGACGGAUAGCUCAGAUCCAGAGCCUGAAGGCUUAACCCUUCUUGUGCCGGAUAUCCAAAGAACAGCUGAAAUAGUAUAUGCCGCGACGACGAGCCUUCGACAAGCCAACCAAGAAAGGAAACUUGUUGAGUCUUCAAGAAAGGUAUCGAGCAGACCCAAGCCUCUUUCUAUCCUUCGCUCCCUUGAAGAAAAAUAUGUUGCUGCGAUGAAGAAGCUCCAAUUUGACACUUUUGAAAUGGUAUCGGAAGAUGAGGAUGGGAAGCUGAUGUUUAAGGUCAACUACCAUUACAUGUCUCAGGUGAAGAAUGCCAGCGAUACAAACAGUGCAGCCAGAUCCCGCCGUCUCGCCCAGGAGGCUGUCACCCUUUCCACGUCCCUGCCUCUCUCAUCGUCAUCAAGUGUCUUUGUCCGUUGUGACGAGGAGAGACUGGACAUUAUGAAGGUUCUCAUCACAGGCCCAGCAGACACCCCGUAUGCCAACGGGUGCUUUGAAUUUGAUGUGUAUUUCCCCCAAGACUAUCCCAAUUCACCUCCUUUGGUGAACCUGGAGACAACCGGUGGACACAGUGUACGCUUUAACCCCAACCUUUACAAUGACGGCAAGGUAUGUUUAAGUAUCCUCAACACAUGGCAUGGAAGACCAGAGGAGAAGUGGAACCCACAGACCUCAAGCUUUUUACAGGUGCUAGUGUCAGUGCAGUCCCUCAUCCUGGUGUCCGAGCCCUACUUCAACGAGCCGGGAUACGAGCGCUCCCGAGGGACUCCCAGCGGCACCCAGAGCUCACGGGAAUACGACGGCAACAUACGUCAGGCCACCGUCAAAUGGGCCAUGCUGGAACAGAUGCGGAACCCCUCACCAUGUUUCAAAGAGGUGAUCCACAAACAUUUUUACCUGAAGCGAACAGAGAUCAUGUCUCAGUGUGAAGAUUGGAUCGCUGACAUUCAGCAGUACAGCAGCGACAAGAGGGUCGGGCGCACCAUGUCCCAUCAUGCCGCAGCGUUAAAGAGACACACGGCUCAACUCAGAGAGGAACUACUAAAGCUCCACUGCCCCGACGGCCUGGAAGCAGACGGCGAUGAGUUUUCUGAGAAGAGCGCCGCCCUCAUCCUUCGAGAGCUUCCCGCUCAAGAUUCAGAGAAACCCGGCGGCAGUCGGGACGAGCCCGGCGGCGAUGGCCAGCUAUGA